GUUGGUGGAGAAGACUAUGAAGCGCUUCUGGAAAACCGUCAAUGUGGUUUCUGUAGAAGAUGGCUACAACGUCAACCUUGAUUCGCGCCCCCUCAAGACCCCCUCCGGUACACGCCUCGUCGUCCCCCACAACAAACCCCACCUCGCCUACCUCAUCGCUGCAGAAUGGAACUCCCUCCCCACAGCCUCAAUCCGUCAGCACUCCCUCCCCCUAACCUCUCUUGUCGGCAGAUAUACCGACUACUUCGACCCCGCCACUGCAAAAGACGUAACGAAGGGCCGCUCGGAGGCAAUCAGGGAUUUGAUGAGAUAUAUUGACACAGACACCCUCGUUAUUUGGGCCGAGUCACGUCAAAAGCGGUUGCUUGAGUUACAGAAGGAGCAUUGGACACCGUUGAUUAAGGAGGCUGAGGAGUACCUCACCAAGCAUGCCGCAACCAGCAACCUCCUCAAAGACACCGACUCCGUCAAGAUGUCAGUCCUGGAAGGUGAUGCAGGCAUCAUUGGCCAUCGCCAACCCCUCCUCACCAAAUCCAUCGCACAACAUUACGUCGAGUCCCUCCUCCCCUGGGAGCUGGCCGCGUUUGAGCGUACAGUCCUCCACACCAAGUCUUUCCUCCUCGGAAUUCUUAUGGUCGGACGUCCACGGGCAAUUGGUGUUAAGGAUUGUGCUAGGGUGGCUACGUUGGAGGUUGAGGAGCAGACGAGGGUUUGGGGAGAGGUUGAGGAUACGCAUGAUGUAGAGAAGGCCGAUGCGUUGAGGACGCUUGGGUCUGUUGCUGUGUUGUUGGAUGUUCAGGCAUAGCUGAAAUGAGUUUGUUUGGGCGGAAGUGUAGGAUACCAGGAUGAGAACUCAAAGAAAGGAAAAGCAUGCAUUGCCCUACGCGUAGUAAAUCUUGUUAUCAAUUCAC